AAAUAUUUUAGCCUAUAAGCUGUUCAGAAAGAUUUUUUUUAAUUUUAUUUUUUUUUUAGAAAUUUUACUCCUGCGUCACAUACACACUUGGAACUUCCCAGAGCAGGAAAAUGAGAUUAUAGUGACACACCUCUUUUAUCUGUGGUAUCUUUUUUUGUUUCUUCUUUGUUCCCACAACCAUGCCAUUGUGUUGCUGUUGUGUUAUCAAUGACUUGAGGUGUAAAUGUACAUAUAACUUAAUAUUGCAUCUUUAAAGUUUAUCACACAUAAUCUACAAUGUUAAGCAAAAAUGUUUUACUUCUUUCGGAUUUCAGUUUGCAACCCAGGAACUAGAAAUAAGAGAUUUCUACAUUAAUAUGAAUAUGUGCAUUUUCUUCAUUGAUCUCUCUGUUCUCAGAUCUUAUAAGAGCUGUAGGUUCACAAUCCUGUUGAUUCCCAAUGGCAGACGGUCUGCCUUCAGGAUUACUGGAAGCUUGUAUCGUUGUUGGACCUGCAAAUGAUAAACUGAAGGAGCUGUCCCAGUCUUUGCUGCAGGUGAAUGGAAGUCCUCUACCGCUGCUGGAUCCUGAGGUCCUACAGGUCCAUGCACCUCCAUUUGUGUCUAAAAAGAGUCUCAGUGAAGCAGCUGAGACAAACUUCAACCAGACCCAGCAACAGUGCUUCUUCGUUAAAAAGAAAAAUGAUAAGCCUGGUUUUAAGGUUGGAAACCCCACAGAAGAAACCACAGAGAAUGUUAGUGUUCCCAAAGACCUGGAUCUGGUGGCUCUGCCACAACUCUGCUUUCCAGGUGGGCUUCAGAUAACUAAGGAGCAAAAGGAUGAACAAUUUCACUUUCUAGUCUUUACUGACAUGUUUGGAAACCAGUCUCAUGGAGUAGUUCUCCAGUACUAUAGAGCAAUAGAGGAAGUGAUGCAGAAUCGACAUCAGUUCUUGUACAAGUCUCCGCGACUCUACAUUGCUUAUGCAAUAUGUGUUAUUUCAAAACACCCAUAUUACAAUGCACUCAAAGACUGUCUGUCUAGCCUCUUAUUUCAGCUCAAAAUCUGUCAAAUGACUGAUAUGGAAGAGCGAGUGAGGGAGUUCUCUGCUAAACUGGCUCUAAUCCCACUUCCUCCUCCUGGUCAGCUGUAUGUGAUGUUCACCUUACGACCUCUGACGAUUGUCCUUCCAUCCAGAGAAGAUAAGUGUCAUCCUGUUAUCGACAUGGACUUACAUCUUCCACUCCUCUGCUUCAAGUCCAGAGAGCUGCUGCAGAUCAUAGCCAGUAUACUCACAGAGCAGCGUAUGGUGUUCUUUUCCUCGGACUGGGCCAAACUGACCCUGAUCGUAGAGUGUCUCAUGCAGUAUAUUUGGCCCCUGCACUGGCAUCACCCACUGGUGCCUAUACUGUCUCAACAUAUGCUUGACUUUGUUAUGGCACCGACUGCUUUCCUCAUGGGAUGCCACAUCAGCCAUUAUGAAGAUGUUGCCGAGUUAACUGAUGACCUGAUUCUGAUCGAUAUUGACGAGGGAACAGUGUCCUGCUCUGGCUGUCAUUACAUUGAUGUCCCUGACACCCCGCAGGCAGCUGCUCAGCGUUUCAAGUGUCGAAGGAAAGGUCUUCAGUUACACUAUGACCUGGAAGUGGUUCAUCAGAGAAUCUGUAGCAAUCUUAAUGAGCUGCGGAUGCAGAAAAAGCGCUGGCAACACAGGCUCAAUUUGGAAAUACAAAACAUCACCCUGGAGCUCAUCGUUAACAUGUUUAGAGAUGUUGGUGAUUACCUUAAUAAGGAACACAGAGUUUUUAACACUGAUGAGUUUCUGAAGACCAGGGAGCCAGGCGACCAGCCAUUUUAUAAAAAGGUCUUGGAAACACACAUUUUCCACUCAUUCUUGAAAGAACGUCUGAAUGGAAAAACAGAUAAAUUUACCCAAAUGGAGCUUAGUACUCAGACAGAAGACCAAAAAUUGAGUAGAUCGAUGGAUUACUCACGCAGACCCACUAUAAAGGAAAUAGUUUUGCGAAAUGGUUCUGUAGACAGCGGUAUGAGUAAACACUUGGGCUCAAGUCUCCCUGACCUGGACACCAACAAACACCUGAGUGUCCUCAAACAGAUGUCUCCAACUAAGAUCGUUCCUGAUAUGCCUAUGAAUAUACCAGUCAGGCCAUUCAAGAUCUUCCAGCUUCCAGAAUUCCCUUCUUCACCAAACUACCCCAACAUACUCCAUUACUUUGGAGAUCUUAUCCUCCAGCUGAACAAAGUCAUAUCAGCCACACCACCUCAGGAUUCCUCCCUGCUAGCAAGAUACUUGUACCUGCGUGGCCUCAUUAACAUGCUGAGUUCUAAGCGAUUGGAUGCCCUCACCGACUUCCAGAAUCUCUACAAAACAGAUAUUGAGAUUUUUCCUGGAGAGCUGGUGAAGACACUGGUGGACUCUCUGCAGAAUGAAGAGAAAGUCCAGGCAGAGAAGAGACCUGAGCUCAAAUGGCUCAUCUGUCAGGUGAAAAACAAUGAAAAGAGCGAGCAUGAGGAAUCAGACUAUCAUGUGAAGAAGUUUGAGCUGCCCAAGAGCCCUAUGCAGCUGGAGGAGUUUGUGAAGUGCACUCAGCAGUCUGGUAUUGUGCGGGACAUGGCCACUUCACAGAGAUUGUUUGAAGCACUCACUGACAGUGGGCCGAAGCAUAUUCAUCCAGAGAUGUUCAGAGUGUUUUAUAACAUCUGGAAACAGGCCGAGGCAAAAGCACAGGACAUUGACCUGCCUGCUGAGGUCCUGGAACGCCUAGACAACAGUGAGUGUGUGUACAAGCUGUCCAGCUCUGUGAAGACCAGUUAUGGCGUUGGUAAAAUUGCCAUGACUCAGAAAAGGCUCUUUCUGCUGACCACAGGCAGAUGUGGAUACAUUGAGAUUACCAAGUUUAGAGACAUUGAGGAAGUAAAGAUCUCCACUGCUUCAUUCCCGCUUUUGAGGAUCCCAUCUCUAAAGAUCAAGAACAGCCUAAGGAGAGAGAUAUUUGAGGCUAAUUUAAAAUCUGAGUGUGAACUGUGGGUCCUGAUGGUCAAGGAGAUGUGGGCUGGGAGAAUGAUGGCAGACAACCAUAAGGACCCCCAGUAUGUGCAGCAGGCACUGACCAAUGUCCUGCUUAUGGAUGCAGUGGUGGCCUGCUUACACACACAGAAGGCUGUUUGUGCUGCCUCCAAAUUGGCCUAUUAUGAAAAGCAAAGACAACAAGUCCCCAUGAUCAUCCCCAGACCCACAGCAGAGGCUCUGAAACACAAGAUCAAUCCGUCCCAGAACAUGACGAACCCUCAGUCUGUCGAUGUCUUGCUCUACACUCCAGGCCAGUUAACUUUCCCAGACAGAGAUGUGGAUGGUAACCCUAUGCUCUGGUGUGCUCUCAGCUGUGGGAAAGUGGUCGUGUUUGAUGCUGUCAGUUGGUCCCUGAAGCAAAACUGCAUUCAUUUAGGAGAAUCUCGACUGAACUGCAUGAUGGGAUUGGACCAGGAGCAGGUGUGGAUUGGUUCUCAGGACUCUGUCAUUUACAUAAUCAACACUCUCAGUAUGCUAUGCCAUAAACAGCUGACUGAGCACCGUGGAGAGGUCACAGACUUCGCCCUGGAGAAACUGAAACCUGAGAACAGAUCAAGCAAGCGCAGGUGUAUUCCUGUAGUGCAGAUGGCACUGUGAUCAUCUGGGACGUCCCUUCUCUGAAGGUGAAGAGGCAGUUUCAUCUGUCCUGUGACAGACUGCAGUCCAUUCAAGUUUACAGUGAUGCCUUGUGGUGUGGUGCUAGGGAUUGUGUCAUGAAGCUUAGUCCCAGUGGAGCUCUGCUUUGUAAGAUUUCUCUCCCAGAUGAAGUAAAAGCCACAUCCUUCAGCAGGGUCGCACUGCUUAUGGAG